AUGGAGACAACAAUUUUCCCAAUUUCAGCGUUACCGACGUGCGUGACAGCUUGCGGCCAUUUGUACGACGUCAACGGGGCCUGUGUGCCACCAGCAGCGCCAACGGCCAACGCAGACACGUACGACAGCUGCUUUUGCAACAAUCCACUACUCGCUCCGUUCAAAACUGGAACGUCUGGGGUAUGCGACGGCGCAUGCCAGGCGAAUGAUUUGAGCAGUAUCCAAGGCUGGUUUACUAGCUUUUGCAACGGUGUCGCAGGAGGAAAUGGGGCGGACCCGACGUCUACCGCAUCUUCAACAUCACGCCCAGGAAACAAUGGUGGCAAUCAGACAUGGCUUGGGAGCCACUACCAAUGGGUCAUUUUCCUCGUUAUCAUGGUUGUCGCCAUCAUCGGUAUUUGGGUAGGCGCUUGCAUUUGGCGUCGACGUUACAUUCGCAAAAAGGAUCGGGUAUACGCCCUCGGCUCGAACCUUGCACACACGACGGAAUCAGGACGAGUUGUGCCGAACGCUAGUAGCCAAGGCUCGGUUCAUGUCCCUGGGCCGGGGAUGUUCGACCCGGCCCCGAUCAGCUCCGCCGGAGUGUACGGUGAGAAGUCAUCGAAGAAAAAGAAGUGGACGCUAGGGGACCGUACGUAA